UAGUAACAUAAUUUUAAUAGAUUAAAUUGUUUUCAUAGUUCAUUUAGGUUUCUAUAGAGGGCAGCACGUAUUGUUUUGAUCUCAAAUUUUGACGUUUCUUUAUGAUUAAUAUUUUCCCUUUUAAGUUAGUUUUAGAAGCCCCAUAGAGCUUAAAAAUGCCCAGUACUUCACAAAUACGGAAUUUUAACCUGAAGGUUAUUUUCCUAAUACAUUUUUGCUUUAUUGCUUUGAGUUUGAUGGGGUAUUGGGCCACAAACGCCUAUUUCUUCUACAAUGCCAUAUUAAUUUUGCUGUUGAUUUGGAGUAUACAUCACGAUCAACUGCAAGAACCUCUCCAAUUGGCAAUCGUCGUGAAUGGUUGUUCGAUUAUUUUGGAUGUGUUAUUGUUGGUUAUGAGUUUUCCAAAUAGUCAUGAGGCCCGUGAACGUUUUUCAGUUGCCAUGUGUAUUUUGCAUAUGAUUGUAAGACCAUUCAGCACUUUUUUGCUUAUAAGGGAUCUGGAAACAAGAUCUGCCGGAGCAGGGGAUAAUUUUUAGGUUUACUGGCUGGGGGUCGUGAAGCUUACGAAGAUAUCGAUAAAACCGGCCCCCAAGCAUCUGGAAGUAAAACCGGGGGCUACAAUUUCGCCACUGCAGAACAAAUUUAGUUAUUUAAUUCAAAAUAAUUCUUAAGAAUAAAAAUGUAUCUUGUAAAUAAUAUAUUUGUAGCUUUAUAGUAACCCAAAUGCAUUUUAGGUAUUAAGGUAAUUGUUGUGUUAAUAAAAUAAAUAAAACUCAUUUAUAUGCC